UAAAUAUAAACAAAUAAACCCCAUUUCUCGAAACCCUACUUUCCAGAGGAGAGAGAGAACGAGAAACCUAAAAAUGGUGAAGAUUAUGAAACCAGGGAAAGCCGUAAUCCUCCUUCAAGGCCGUUACGCCGGGCGCAAGGCCGUGAUCGUGCGCAACUUCGACGAAGGUAACCGCGACCGCCGUUACGGCCACUGCCUCGUCGCCGGCAUCAAUAAGUACCCGAAGAAGGUCAUUCGCAAGGACUCCGCUAAGAAGCAGGCCAAGAAAUCAAGGGUUAAAUGCUUCGUUAAAGUCGUCAAUUACAAUCACAUUAUGCCUACUCGUUACACGCUUGAUGUUGAUCUUAAAGAUGUUGUUUCUGCUGAUGUUCUUCAAUCGAAAGAUAAGAAGGUUACUGCUGCGAAAGAGACUAAGGCAAGGUUUGAAGAAAGGUUUAAGAGUGGAAAGAAUCGUUGGUUUUUCUCCAAACUCAGGUUUUAGAGGAAUAGAGGUUUAAGAAUUGUUUAUUUUCAAUGUUGGAUUUAAGUUUUUGUUUUUCAGAUCGGUUUUGGAUGAAUUUUUGUCACUACAAUUGCUAUGCUAUGAUGAUUUUGUUUAUGGGUAUUUUCGUUGAUUUUGAUGCGUUAUGAACCCAUUUUAUCAAUGCAAUCUUCGAUAUUUUACUUCUCGUAUUUAA